AUGCCCGAGCAGCAAUUUCAGAUGGCCACGUCGUCGUACGCUCCAGCGGCGCAAUUCGCCGUGUCGCCCCCUGAGUCUGCGCCGCAGCUAUCGGGGUCAUUUGCGAACGGCGUGCCUAUCGUUAAUGCGCAGGGUCAAUUGACUUUGGCGUAUCCGCCGCAACUGCAACAGCUGCAAUUCGUGCCGCAAUCGCCAGGUCAACCCUUGCAACCAUCCCCGCAAUAUAGCUUUGUGAAUAAUGCAAGUGCAUCAUCCUUGCAUGUCACUUCGCAGCUGCCAAAGCAACAUCGACCGUCGGCCGAGCUCUUUGUGCACGAGUACAGUCCCCCUUCGGACGUAAAAAGAGCUGCGACUCCGCGCAAAUCUACCAGCGAUGGCCCCCCGAAAAACUACACAUUCAAUAACCACACAUCGGAAAAUUUUAAGAGCAAGGUGAAGAAGGCUGGUACAGCAUCAAGCAGCCCCGCAAGUGUCGGCCCAUGA